GCGCUCCCCGCCCGACUCCCGGAACAGCCGGAGCGGAGCCGAGCCGAGCGGAGCCGAGCGGCGCGGCGGCCUCCGCACCUCCGGAGCCCGCUGAGCGCUCGCCCGCCCGCCUGCGCGCGCGAGAGCGUCACCGCCCCGCCCCUGCCAUCCGGCCCCGCCCCGCCCCGUCCGGUCGCGGGCCUGCGGGUCAGACCCGGGCUUGGGUCUCCGCGGCGACGGGACGACAGGAACGUUGGACGGCCUGUCGGGAGAGGACCGUCCUGUAUGUCACCGGGAGCGGAUUGCAUAGGGGACGCGGCUGGAGGAGGCCAGAUCCCAUGGCUGGAAGUUAUGGCGUGAUGGGUGAUGAUUCUAUUGACUACACGGUCCAUGAAGCGUGGAACGAAGCCACCAAUGUAUACUUGAUAGUGAUCCUUGUUAGCUUUGGCCUCUUCAUGUACGCCAAGAGGAAUAAAAGGAAAAUUAUGAGAAUAUUUAGCGUGCCACCUUCAGAAGAAACCUUGUCAGAGCCCAAUUUUUAUGACACAAUGAGCAAAAUCCGCUUAAGACAACAAUUGGAGAUGCAUUCCAUUUCAAGAAAGUAUGAGUAUCAACAGCCACAAAGCCAAGCAGACAGUGUGCAGCUCUCAUUGGAGUGAAACUUCAGACUGAGCAACAGACGUGAUCGUGAGGCAGCGUGGCACCAAGUUCCAAAUUCCCUCUCCUAAUAAUGAGUGGCAUUCAGAACACUUGUCGGAUAAAGUCCCCACCCCCACCCCCCGCCUCGGCUCUCUUUCCCUGCUUCCUCUAGAGCUCUAGGAACAAAGACGCUUAGAAGGAAGACGCUUGUGACUAGAGAUGGGGACUCUCCCUUGAGGACCUGUGAUGUCUUCAGGAUACAGCGAACAGUACGAACAUGUCUUCGGAAGCAAGAAUCCUGGAGUUAAUGUCACUUGAGUUAGAAUGUUUUCCCAGAGUGAAAUCCUAGCUCCCGAGGUGGUUUGCUCUUUGGUUGUGGCCUGUGCUGAUGAGUUAGCAUCAGUAGCAGACUGAUUUGUGUUAUUCUGGGCCCGUGAUCUCAGCUUCACGACCUGUGUGACACUCUAGAACUCACGCUCUCUGCUCCACCGUGAAGCACAGCCCAUCUGCUUGUUCUAGACGCUUUCCGUACUGAAUUUACCUCCCUUUGGUUGUAGUCCCCAAACUUGUUUUGUUUCUGAUCCAUGCUUCCCUUGCCCCCGCGGGAACAAGACAUUUCUGUCUUGCCAUUGGCAACUCCAUCACAGUUGAAUGUUACUGUCUAGGGCCCUCUGCUUCUUAAAGCUUUGUUGACAUCCA